AUUACAGUGGCACAGCUGCAGCACUGUAGCUGUGCCUCUCUAGUGGGUGUAGUGUAGACAUGGCCUCAGUAGUGGUGACGUACCCUUACACUACCAAUCAAUGGUCCCAAUGCUAGUAAAACUCCUAGGAUGGCAUUGGGGUGUGGACACAGUUUUAUACAUUUAUGCAAAUGCUCAAUGCUACAGCCAACCGUUGCUUGACCUCCAUUUUGCCUGUCUUUUCUGUUUUCAUGUGCAGACAGGAUAUUUAAGUACACAAGAAUCCUCCUUGGAGUGUUUCAGGGAGGAUGGAGCUGUGUCCAAGGACAUGCCUGCAAAACAAAGCUGCCAGAGCACUGGGAGAAAGUCAGGACGGAGAAGAGAUAUCGUAUUGUCACUACCCCAUUGGAAGACGCAUCUUUCCAGAGACACCCGAAGACUGCUGUGGAGAAGAGAGGAUCUUCUAUGAGAAUGGAGCCUAAUCACAGUAACACAAACAGCAUGUUCAAAAUAAAGCUAUAAAUAGUUUCGCUAAUUCACAGAGCUAAGCAUUCACUUGAGUUUUGAAAAAGCUGAUGGUAACUGCACCUGACUGAACCAGUGAAGACAACAGAUAGCCUAUCUGUAUAGGAAGUGUGUGUCCUUGAUCAAACUCCUCUACCAGAGUGGUCUUUUUUUUGACAGAUAGAAAUGUUUAAAGUUCUUGGGCCAAAUUUCUGCUCUGGCUUACAUCAAGGUCAAAGGAUUCAAACGAGACAAUGGACUGGGGAACAUUGCAGGCCAUUUUAGGAGGUGUAAACAAACACUCCACCAGUAUCGGAAAGAUCUGGCUCACCGUCAUGUUCAUUUUCCGUGUUAUGAUCCUUGUGGUGGCUGCAGAGGAAGUCUGGGGAGACGAACAAAAUGAUUUUGUCUGCAACACUCUGCAACCGGGAUGCAAAAAUGUUUGCUAUGACCACUUCUUCCCCAUCUCUCACAUUAGACUGUGGGCCCUUCAGCUCAUCUUUGUCUCGACUCCUGCACUUCUGGUGGCCAUGCAUGUUGCGUACAGAAGGCACGAGAAGAAAAAGCAGUUCAGAAAGGGAGGGCAAACCUGUGAAUAUAAAGACAUUGAAGAAAUAAAAUCACAAAGAUUUCAUAUUCAGGGUCCCUUGUGGUGGACCUACACCAGCAGCAUAUUCUUCAGAAUGAUCUUUGAAGCCCUCUUUAUGUAUGCGUUUUACUUCAUGUACAAUGGCUUCCGAAUGCCACGCCUAGUGAAGUGCAAUGCGUGGCCUUGUCCCAACACAGUGGACUGUUUUGUUUCUCGACCCACUGAAAAGACAGUGUUUACUAUUUUCAUGAUCGCUGUGUCUGGUAUUUGCAUUUUGUUAAACGUGGCUGAAUUCUGCUAUCUGCUGAUAAAAGUUUUCCUCAAAAAGUCUCAAAGAGCACCAUCUCCAAGACAUCACCCCAACCAUGAGACUAAAGAGGAAACUAAACAAAAUGAAAUGAAUGAACUAAUAUCUGAUAGCUGUCACAACACAGUCUCAGGAUUUCCAAGCAGCUAAGGUGAUGCAAAUGUGAGGAGUCACUCGGUGUGGAGUGAAUAUUCCUCUUACAAAGCUGCAAAUGAAAUCAGCUACAUUAAACAAUAAAGUGGGGUGAAGGUUUAAUAUGUAAUGUCAGGUGGGAAUUAAAUACCUAGUUCAAAAGAGUCAAAGCAGCAUAAAAAUGUGAACAGUAUACAAGGAUUAAAUAGGAAACUGUCUCCAUAAGAAUAUCCUUAACAAGGCAACUAUGACCAGCGGAAACUCACUAGUACCUCCGGGCUAGACUCACAGAAGGGACUUAGGAGUUAGGCAACACCUAGGGACCCUGGUGCCAGUGCAAUUCACAGUGCAUAGGGAGAGUUAGGUGACCAAGAAGAGGAUUCUCAGAAGCCUGAAUGCUGAGCAGGGAGCUGCCUAAGCUAGUCAGAUGUGAAAUGCAGAGGAAAAGGGCAGGGCUUUGGUGCCUAAGCACCUUUGGGGAUUUGGACCCUACCUCCAUUUGGGAUUCUUGGCCCUGAACCCUCUCCUGGAGUUAGGUGCCUAAGCCAGGUCAGACCUUUUUCAUCAUGAGAGCAAGACAGAACCCAUUAUAGCCAAUUGCCCAGCAGGGUUAAGGCACUCACCUGGGACAUGGGAGACCUGUUUAUUUUUAAAUCCCUGCUCUGCCUGAUGUCCCCUGAAAGGUGAGAGACCUGAUCAGGUAAACAUCCUCACCAGUGGGCUGUAGAAUCAAUCUCUCAUGGGCCUACUGAUUAUUUAUACAAAAGGGACCUGUUUCAAGAAGAGAGACUGAGGCCUGGUCUACACUAAAAAGUUAUGUUGACCCAGCUAUGUCGCUCAGGGGUAUGAAAAAUCCAAAUAGUUAAGCUGACUUAAUCCUGGUGUAGAUAGCGCUAGGUCAACGGAAGAAUACUAUCGCCUGUCAAAGAGGUGAAUUAACUACAGUGACGGGAGAUCCCCUCCUAUUGCAUUAGUGUCUACACUGACAGCGCUACGGAAGGUGGCCAUUUGUUGUACUUUGAAGAUGAAAAGUGUUCUAUGAAACUGAAGUGUUAACAAUAAUAGUAAUCUUGUUGGGAGAAGUGAAUAUCUUGUAGACGGCGACUCAUCCCCAAAUACCCAAUAGCCUGGUGGCUAGGGCAUUCUUACUGGACAUGGGAGAGCUGGGUUUCAGUCCCUGCUCCACAUCACUACUCCACACUGAUUUAAAACAGGUCUCUGACAUUCCAGGUGAGUGCCCUAACCACUGGUCUAUUGGGUAUUUGGAGGGGUGCACACUUGCCAGUCAGGCCCCAGAAUUCCUGACUGACUCUUGUGCAGGUUAGACAUGUUCUGGGCGUGCUUACCAAAUUGGUCUCUGGAGAGAUGGGCAGGGAAACACCUAGUUUGAAAAUUCUGCUAUGCCUUAGGUGUAAGGUAGGGCUCCAAGCAGCUCAUUAGCUAUGAGGUGGAGUCAGGUGAAUAUCUAGGCACCUUCAGGGUUAAGCAGUAGCUGAAUGGUGCUUUUGUGAUUGGUCAAAAGCACCUGUGUCCCUUUGUGAAGCUAGCCCUUUAUGCAUAUUUGAGUCCUGAAAACUAUACAUUUAAGAGCAAUAAGAACAAACUUUUUUUCCAGGCAAGAUAUUCUAGUAUUACAAGAUGUUUUUACUUACCUUAGUUAUGCAUUCACAAGUAUUUUUGUAAGGUCUGAAAUUCCAUGUUAUUUAGAGUGUGAUAGUGUAUGAUUGAGUAGUAUGGUUUUUUUUUUGUUUUUGUUUUUGUUUUUACCAGAAAAGCAGAUGUAACCUCCAAUACCAUUUUAAUAAAGAAUAUCAACUUUAAACAUUUAGCAGACCUUCUGUAAAUAAUUCCAUUAACAUUUUACAUUGCAUACUGCCAAUGUUAUAAAAUCAUAACUAUUAUGAAAAUAACCUUUAUCUUCUGUUUGUUUCUCAAAUGAAUUCUUUCUUGUACUGUAGAUAGUCAUGGAACCAUUUUGGUUUUUUAAAUUGUAGACUGAAAAUGACAAAAUGGUAUGAAAGUAGGAGCUAUCUGGAUGGAAUUAGCAUGAAGAAAAGUCUCAGCUAGUAUAAAGAAAAAAUCUUAACGAGGUCUUCUGAAUAAAAAACAAACACUGUAACCUUGUGCAAUGGAGUGAAAGUUUAUAUGUGAGUGUUUUGCCGAUGACC